AUGCGUUUCGCUUUGCAGAAGGAGCUCAAGCAUACCAUUAAUCUACAUCCUUCCUUCUUCGGUCCUUCCAUGCAGCAGUUCUUGGAAGCCAAGCUGAGAGACGAUGUCGAAGGCACCUGUACGGGACGAUACGGCUACAUCAUCCGAGUCGUCGCCAUCAAUGACAUUGGUGAAGGAAUUGUAAAACCUGGCAGCGGACUGGCCGAGUUUCGCAGCAAGUACAGCGCCAUCGUCAUGAAGCCAUUCAAAGGCGAGGUGGUAGAUGCUCUUGUAACGAACGUAAACAAGAUGGGCUUCUUCGCCUCUGUCGGUCCGCUUAGCAUCUUUACCUCGACGCAUUUGCUGCCCGUCGAAUACCAAUUCCAAGCGGACUCAAAUCCGCCGGAAUUUGCUUCGCCCGAAGCAUCGCUGACACCUGGGAUCAAAGUACGGUUACGAAUCGUCGGCACACGGGUCGACGCCAACGAAGUUUUCGCCAUUGGGACGAUGAAGGAGGACUUCUUGGGUCCGAUCGACUAG